UUGGUACUUGGGGUAGUUAUGCCUUUAAUUUUGUGGGCCAGCAGAAGUACAGGUGUUGAUUUUCGCUUUGCUUCAUACAUUGGUGAUUACAUGGUGCUGCAGAAGGAGCCUGCUGGAGCAGUGAUCUGGGGCUAUGGCACACCUGGAGCCACAGUGACAGUGACUGUGUACCAAGACAAGGAGACUGUCAUGAAGAAAGUGACCAGUGUGAAAGCACACUCUAGUAUCUGGAUGGUGGUACUGGAUCCUAUGAAACCUGGUGGACCUUUUGAAGUGAUGGCAAAACAGAUCACUGGGAGGAAGAAUUUUACCCUCAGAGUUUGUAAUGUCUUAUUUGGAGAUGUCUGGCUUUGCAGUGGACAGAGUAACAUGCAGAUGACUGUUUUACAGAUAUUUAAUGCUACAAGAGAGAUGUCUGAUACUGCUGCCUAUCAGUCUGUUCGCAUUCUCUCAGCUUCUCUUGUUCAGUCAAAGGAGGAGCUGGAAGACCUUGCUGGGCUUGACUUGCCAUGGUCUAAGCCCACCUCAGAAAACUUAGGCCAUGGGAAUUUCCAGUACAUGUCAGCAGUGUGCUGGCUUUUUGGGCGUUACUUGUAUGACACUCUACAGUACCCCAUUGGACUGAUAUCCUCCAUCUGGGGUGGCUCACCCAUUGAAGCCUGGUCAUCUGGAAGGUCACUGAAAGCCUGUGGAGUCCCUAAGCAAGGGGCACCUUUUUCUGAUUCUGUGCUUGGUCCCAGUGAGCAUUCGGUGCUCUGGAAUGCCAUGAUUCACCCACUACAUAAUAUGACCCUGAAAGGCGUGAUAUGGUACCAGGGAGAGUCCAAUACAAAUUAUAAUAAGGACCUGUACAAUUGCACCUUCCCGGCACUCAUUGAAGACUGGCGCCAAACCUUUCAUUAUGGUUCCCAGGGACAGACAGAGCGUUUUUUCCCAUUUGGAUUUGUCCAGUUAUCUUCAUAUUUGUCUAAGACCUCAAAGAAUGAUUUUCCCCAAAUCCGUUGGCACCAGACAGCAGACUUUGGUUAUGUCCCCAAUGCAAGGAUGCCUAACACCUUCAUGGCUGUCGCUAUGGAUCUUUGUGAUAGAAAUUCACCUUUUGGCAGCAUUCACCCUCGAGAUAAACAAACUGUGGCCUAUAGGCUGCAUUUGGGGGCCCGUGCCGUGGCUUAUGGUGAGAAGAAUUUGACUUUCCAAGGACCAUUACCUGAGAAGAUUGAACUCUUGGUCAGUGAAGGGCUGCUCAACCUCACAUACUACCAGAAAAUCCAAGUCCAGAGGCAGGACAACAAGAUAUUUGAGAUCUCAUGUUGCACUGACCAUCAAUGCAAGUGGCUCCCAGCUCCCAUGAGCACUUUCUCCACCUGGACCCUGGCCCUGAAUAUAAAUUCUUGUCUUGGCACUGUAGUUGCUCUCCGCUAUGCCUGGACCACAUGGCCUUGUGAAUAUAAGCAGUGCCCUAUAUAUCACCCCAGCAGUACCCUGCCAGCUCCUCCUUUCAUUGCAAACAAGAUUUCUGGACAUCACAGGAAGGAUGUCAAAUGA